GACCAUGGUGGAGACAUUAAAUGAAUUAUCCCAGCUGAGAGACACUAGGUUCGGUCGACCCCGGCCCAGACACGGACUCAAACUCCUCUACUGGUUUGCCAACGAAUGCAUUUCUUUUGACGAAGACAAUAACAUGCUCUCUGGAUGUGACCCAGCCGAGGGAGAUUUCGGUUUUCACCAUUUUAAUAACAGAUGCUAUGGGAAUAAACUUCUUGAUGAGGAAGAUUUCCCUUACUAUGUCGUUGGCAAUCUAAAUUCACCAGGAGUUGAAGAACUUCCUGAUUACAUCUCAGAAGAUGAAUAUACUGACGAGCACGACAGCAACACGGACCGUAUCAUUGUCAGUCUCGAUGAGGAGUGGUUUCAUGAAGUUUAUGUGACUCAACACCCCGCUCGAUCAAACAACUACGAUCCACACGCCACUUACCGGAUCUCCAGAGGCCUUCUCAUGAUCAUCAGGAGGAUGAGUUUAGAGGACUUUCUGGAGAAGAUGGGUUAUUAUACACACACACAGCCUGUCAGACCUCAAACUUCAGAUACAGUCAGUCCAGAUUUCACAGCGGUCACUGUAUCAUCCAGUGAUUCAUCUGACAGUGAGUCCAUAAUCCAGUUUGAUGACGACACGCCUGCACAAAACAACUCACCCACAGCAAUGGGAUUGUGGGAAAGAUUCUGCACCAUACUUUAAAACAGACUAAAACAGAUGUGCGUUCCAGUGAUUUUGGUUGGACUCAUUGGUGGACUUCAUAUUUCUCUUUGCCAAGCCUAUAAAGAAAGAAGCAAAUAGUGAACAUUAACAUUUUUGAUGGGAAAUUAAAUUUGGUUUAAUCAGAGCAGUGUUUUCUGGUG